AUCGCGGAUCAACACGCUUACAUAGCGAAGAUACCCUCGCUUGCAGGCUGAGUGCCUAUAAACAAUGUGCAAUGAAGGGACUGAUAUCCUGCAGCUUUGUUCACACAAAGCUAGUCACCUUCUUGAUUGGCCACGACAAAAUUCCCGUCACUGCUCAGUCUGGCACGGUCGCAGUUCCUUCUGCGCCUUUGGAUCGACUCUUCCAUGAACCUGUAUGAGAGGCUGAAGGCAACAUCGCUCGUUUCCCUGAGAUCACUGUGGGAGACUUCGACAUGAUCUGCCGACUAGGAUGCAAUGCCUCCACCCAAUCCGCUUUUCUCCCCCGGCGCAAAGACAAUGAAACGUUUUCAGCUUCACGAAAAACGCAGAACGAGCACCACCUUCACUAUCACUGUCGUCAUUUCCUUGGCGAGCUCGAGGAAAUCUAGUUUAUCGACACCUGACCAGAUCCCUCAUCGGCAGGCAAACUUUCCAAAACGUCGCAAAAUGCCGUUCGCCACGAGUGUACUGCACUCGAAGCUCUGCACAUUUCUUAUCGGCGUCGAUGAGGCUUCAGUGACUGUCCAUUCAGGUGCGAUCGCAGCUCUUUCUGUGCCUCUGGACCGAGCUAUUAAUGGUAAUUUGAAAGGUGCACAAGAGAACGACGUGCGCUUUCCAGAUAUCGAAGUGGAAGAUUUCGAGAGAAUUUGCGCAGUUGCUUAUGGCGCCGAACUACUGCUCCCAGAAGUCCGCAAACUACCAGCCUCCGAACUCAACAUAAAAAAAGACUACUGGCUGUCAAGCUCUCGCAUUAUAGGCCCAGGUAGCGCGAGCAUACGCAACAACAAGCUGACAACACAUGUUUUGUGUAACACCACCGGUGACCUCAACCGCCUGCCAAACGCCCCGAUCAGGACUGGCCCCAAAGUACUUCACAACAAUAUCGUCGACAGAAACAAGAGUUUCAAGUUCCUCGAGCUCCCGGACGAAGACGAUUCACCUGGCCUGAAGACCUCGACGGAGACAGUCAAAAGGCAAAACACCAACGAAACUCGGCUUAGAAUCAGAUUGUUACUCAAGCCCUACUUUCCUACGCUCGAAUUUACAUGUUCGCGGACGGGCAGCUCAUCACAAAGUUGCAGGUAGACGCAGAGGCUGGUCUGAGGAAUCUCGGUCGUAUCGACAUUUACCCACCUACGCCCUCAGCAGUACUGGAGCUGGUCCGGUAUGUAUACAAUAGCGAAAUCGUGCCUGAUUGAGGUGAUGGCGAGGGCAUGCACCCUCUGCACGAGAUCGUGGUGCAUUUCAUGGCCCUCCACUUCUCAGCAUUCCGCGACUAUGCUCCGCAUCGAGAGCUCAUGAGGCAUAGAGGAGAUUACGGCCUGGACCUACAAGACGUCAUCGCAGAAUAGUUUCUCUGACGAGUUGCUAUAAACAUCCAGAGCUGGUGCUGAGAUUGCUACGAGGAACCGAAUGCCAAUAACAAGGGAUG